UCAGAGGGUUCCAGUAUGCUCAAGCUAUGCGCUAUGCCAUUGAGGAGAUCAACAAUAGAACAGACCUGCUGCCAGGCAUCACUCUGGGCUAUCAGAUGUAUGAUGCCUGUGAUUCUAUUGCUAGAAGCAUAAAAGUUGCACUCGCUUUGGUUAAUGGUAAUACAGCAGAGUUAACUUUGAAGGAGUGUGCAAGUGCAGCACAAGUCCAAGCCAUAAUGGGAGAAACAACUUCCACCCUUAGUGCGGCUAUUGCCACUGCCAUCGGACCAUUCCACAUACCUCUGAUCAGCCACUAUUCCACAUGUGCUUGCCUCAGUGAUAAAACAAAGUACCCGUCCUUUCUCAGAACAAUACCCAGUGAUUAUUUCCAGAGCAGAGCCCUUGCCCAACUGGUCAAGCACUUUGGCUGGAUGUGGGUUGGUGCCAUAAGAACCGAUGACGAUUAUGGCAACAGCGGCAUGGCUGCUUUCACAGAAACUGCUCAACGGCUGGGCAUAUGUCUGGAAUACUCUGUGCCGUUCUUUCGAAUGGAUCCCCCAGAUAAGAUACAAAAAAUAACUGAUCUGAUUAAGGCGUCCACCUCAAAGGUGAUUGUUGGCUUCCUCUCUGGGAUGGACAUGGAUGUGUUAUUGUACGAGUUUUCCAAACACAAUUUGAGCGGUUAUCAGUGGGUUGGGAGCGAGGGCUGGAUCUUUGAUUUUCAGACAGCAGCAAGAGACAAAACUCACAUCCUGGACGGAGCCAUAGGUCUUUCUAUUCCCAAAGCUCAUGUGAGCGGCCUCCAAGAGUUUAUACUUGAUGUUACGCCCCUCAAUUCAUCCAACAAUGACUUGUUCAUUGAGUUCUGGGAGACAAUGUUUAGCUGUGAGUUCAAACGCUCAGAGUCGGCAGCACAAGUUCAGGAAGAAUGUACAGGACGAGAAGACGUGGCAGGAGUGAAAAACAGCUUCACUGAUAUGUCCCUCAUGCCUAUUCUUAACAACGUCUACAAAGGAGUGUAUGCUGUAGCCCACGCUCUACAUAUGAUACUUGGGUGUAACAAAACAUGCAACACUGAUGUGCAGCCUCAGCCAUUAGAGAUUUUAGAGCACGUAAAAAAAAUACACUUUAAAACAAAAGAAGGAGAUGAAGUUUACUUUAAUGAGAAUGGAGAUCCAGCAGCAAAAUAUGAGAUUAUAAACUGGCAACCAAAGGAAAACGGCAUUGUGGACUUUGUCACGGUCGGCCUUUAUGACGCAUCAUUGCCUGCAGGCAAGCAGCUCAAUCUGCAAAGUGAUCUAAUCUGGGCCAGAAACUCUCGUCAGGUGCCUGUGUCGAUUUGCAGUGAGCCAUGUCAGCCGGGAACACGAAAGGUUCUUCAGAAAGGAAAACCUGUUUGCUGCCAUGACUGUGUAACAUGUGCUGAAGGCGAAAUAAGCAACAACACAGGUUCCAUCGCCUGUGUGAGAUGUCAUCCUGAGUUUUGGUCAAAUGAGAGAAGGGAUGCAUGUGUGAAAAAACAGGAAGUGUUCCUGUCCUAUGAAGAAAUAAUGGGAGCCCUGCUCACUGCCGCCUCUUUAUUUGGAACGUGCUUGACGGCCAUUGUAGCGUUCAUUUUCUUCAGGCACAGAAAAACUCCUCUGGUGAGGGCAAACAACUCUGAGCUGAGCUUCCUGCUGCUCUUCUCUCUCAUUCUGUGUUUCCUUUGCUCUCUGACCUUCAUCGGCCAGCCUUCUGAGUGGACCUGCAAGCUGCGGCACACGGCUUUCGGCAUCACGUUUGUCCUCUGCAUCUCUUGUGUUCUUGGGAAAACAAUAGUGGUCCUGAUGGCCUUUAAAGCCAGACUUCCAGGUGGAAACAUGAUGAAAUGGUUUGGGCCAAUACAGCAGAGACUCAGCGUUCUUGGGCUCACUCUCAUUCAAGUUAUCAUCUGUGUCCUCUGGUUAACCAUUUCCCCUCCUUUUCCUUUCAAGAAUUUUCAAGAACUUAGAGAUAAAAUCAUCUUGGAGUGCGCUCUGGGCUCAGAUUUGGGUUUCUGGGCCGGGCUCGGGUAUAUCGGUCUUCUGGCCAUCUUGUGUUUCAUUUCUGCGUUUUUGGCUCGGAAACUCCCCGAUAACUUCAACGAAGCCAAAUUCAUCACAUUCAGCAUGCUGAUAUUCUGUGCAGUUUGGCUCACAUUCAUCCCAGCGUACGUCAGCUCUCCGGGGAAGUUCAGCGUUGCUGUGGAAAUCUUUGCCAUCCUUGCUUCCAGUUUUGGGCUGCUCAUUUGUAUUUUCUUUCCUAAAUGUUACGUCAUCCUACUCAAACCGGAGAAAAACACAAAGAAAUAUAUGAUGGGUAAAGGAGCAUCAAAAUAAAAAAUAAAGUUGAUGCAAAUUUUAUUUUUAACUUUUUUUUUUACUUUAGGGUAUCUUUUAGCUCUUUUGUAUAAGUACAUACGGAGAACAGACUAAGUCAAAUGACAUAUUGCUGUAGUAUUUUUGUCAUAAUGGGAGACAUAUAUAAAGAAACUAAAAUUUAAAAUUCCAAUUCUGAGUAUUUCUUUAUACAAAUUGUUGUGAAUUUGACAAAUCUUGUAAUUGUUAUAAAUAAACUCAGCAGACCACAAACUUCCUGGUCUUCUCCAUUCUGAUGCAUCCACUGUCAGAUAAAUAGAUCCAUGUCCAUCUUCUUCCAAGCAGACAUCUGGCUAAAAACUGUACGGCAGGAAAGCUCCAAUAUUUUGUGCCAUUUUUGUUUCUCUAUUAAUAUUAUCUUGGAUUGUGAGGGGCUGUAAGCUAGCAGGAGAGAGUGCUAGCUCGCUUGCCUCGACACCAGAAGCCCUUGCAAAACUUCAGAGGUGAAUUUCUGAUGAACUCCUGCCGCUCUGCAGAAACUAUGGAAAACUGCAGUUUUGUUUUUAUUUGGACCAAAAAUGGCAUAAUCAUAAUUUAAAGAUAA